GGCAAUAAAAUAAAUCAAUCGUGUCCUUAAUAUUCUUUCAUUUAUAUUGCUAAUUGGCUCUAUCUCAACAUUUAAUCAAUAAAUUAAACAAUGCCCGUUCUUCAAAGUCUUUCUCAGACCUUGUAUUUUGUAAAUCUACCAUUCCUUCCAUUUUUUCCCCUGGACUUCCUUUCCCUCUUAUGCUGCCAUGUCUAAAAUUAGACACAGUGACUUCAAACUAUGACUUCAGCACUGCUAAAUAGAGCAGAAUAAUUACCUCCUGUGAGGUGCACAUAAUACCCCUGUUAAUAUUUUUCAGAAUCAAAUUUUUCUGGCUUUGCUUUUUUUGGAUUUUCAUGUUCAUUUAUGAUCCCUGGUUCGUGAUGCACAGUAACUACAGAAGCACCUUUUGUACAAGACCCUUGUGACUGGCAUGCUGCUGGCAAGUUGGAAGAUGUCCCUGUAGUAGGGAUCCCACUAUGAUCAGAGCAUCCAUAGGUUCUGGAAAGCAUUUUUUAGCUAAUAUUAGAUUUUCUCUGGGACCUUGUCACAUCAAGCAAAGGUUUCUCUUUCUGUCCUCUAACAGUCAUCCCAGUUACUUAACACUCCUAAUAUAUUUUUAAUUAAAUACUUCAGUGGGGCUGUUUUUGUCAACCUUUCUUGUAACCCUCUAUUCCUAUUACGAUGAAGAGUUUAGAAACUUAACUUCUAGGGGAUACUUUAAGAAACAACUAAUGGUAAAACAUCAGCUCAGGAUUCUUCCGUGGUUAGAGAACUGGUGUAAAGCCCCAGCUGGUCAGGAAGCAACAGUUACUGUAGCAUCAGCGAUGACUAAUAGCAGGCUUGUUGCUACUGUGGUUGUCUGGGGACACCAACACAGAUCUUACUUCGCUACAUCACCACCUGAAUACUGCAGGCAACUCUGGUCACCGGGUCACAGAAGAAAUGACGAGAUAGGAAAGUACAAAGAGAACUUGCUAGGAAAAACAUGAGGCAUACAAGCAGCCAGACAACCUAAAUCUGAUUGAAGACGCAGCACCUUCUGUGAGUGGCUGACAAUGAAGUUCAAGAGAUGGAUGUAAGAAUCAUCCUUGUAGGCACUACUGUUACACCCUCUCAUCCUCCUUCUCUUGACUCGUGAAAUCAAUGAACAAGGAAAAUCUGCUAUUUGAGGAAGAAGUGAAUGGAUUCUCUAGCUUAGAGAAGUAACAUCUGAACAGGCAUGUGAGGGCAAGCCACAAACUGUGUGCAUAAAGUGCAUGGAGUGCUGUAAUAAACUAUAUUGUAUAACAAAAUGUUUUGGAAAUCUGGAUUCAAAACAAUCUAAAUGCAAACCUUUUCAUUGUUUCUUUAUUUGCCUAGGUAAACCUGCACAACAAGGCCCAUGCUAAAGUUAAGUUACUUAGGCAGCUCCUUAUCAAAGGUUGUUACAGAUGCCAAGAGGAUAAAGGGAUCAAAAACAUGAAUUAAAGUACCAAAAACAUCCAUAGGGUUUUUUUCUAUAAGCCACAGACUGCUGGCAGGUGAUGAAGUUUUCUGUUCUGCCUCACUGCUCAUAGCUGCACAAGUGAGCCAAAGUAAGCUGAGCCCCAGGUCUGGCAGGGUGCAGCUAUUUUUGGGACCCCCAUGUCGCAGUUGCUAUAAGCUCUCCAGUGUCUAUCAGCCUGUGUAUUUUUAAGGACAGAUUGCACACACAUGCUGUGUGGGUCACAGCUGGAGGGGGUGAUCUCUGCUGCUCCCACGUAGAAGGCAGAACUGUCUGUCUGCCCCCUCAGCUGCCUGCAGGGGUUCAGCUGUGGCUUUGCCAUGGCCUUUGGAUAAGGAAGGGGUUGUAACUUUGCUUUCCUAGAAGCAGAGCAGAGUGUCUGUAAUUUGGUUUCUUUCUCAUGCCUUAGCAUUGGUUUUAUUGCUGUCCGUGAUAAAUGUUGCUUUGCUUUUCAUGCUGGAAGGAGAAGGACAGCAGAGGUUGAUCAGGAGAUGGUAAUCAGAAGGACGUCAGAACACAACCUCUUUGCUGUUUUACUCAUCCUAUGAUCAGUUCCAGCUACUCUCCUUAACUCUCUUUUUAAAAUUUCAAAUUACUAUCUGAUCAUGAUAAUCCAUAUGAAGGACCCAUCAAAAGUGGAUGGACACUUCAUAGUCCUAUAGGUAUUAUUAACAUGUAUCAAUCAGUCAGAUCAUAAUCUGACCUUUGGCAUUGGGUUUAUGUUAAAUAUGUAUGUACACAAAGGUUUUGUCAUUUUUCCCCCCCAUCUCCUCAUGUGCUGGGCAUUUGUUUCACAGAGGGUAAGCAAGCACCUGCACCUGGAGAUUAAAUUGUUUAUGCUGUGGAUUGGCAUUACAAUCUUAGCAACCAAAGUACAGGAACUAAUCUGAAAGGUAUGUAGAAGACCACAAUAACAAAACAGAGGCUUAGAGACACUGCCAGAGAGAGGCUAGCAACCAUUAAGAACAGGCAAAUACUCAAACUGAUUUACUCUUACGUGGCCAACACAACCUGCAGCACAAAAAACUGAGAGAGAUGGCAAAAAGAUCUGUGUCUGUGUUAUGGUGGCUGACAUCUAUACUAAUUUUUACCUGACACUGAAAUUGAAGCAUUUAUUUUCUUCUCUCAUUUCUCCCAAUCUUGGUCGAGUUUUAUUUUUGGUGAGCUUUUUUUUGUUGUUGUUUGGUUUUUGUUUUUCUAACAAAAUUCUUCUAUUAAAAUUGUGGAGUGGAAGAAGGGAGAACUGAGAACAUAACUGCAUUUGCUUAGCUUAGCUAUUUAAUAUGCUCUUGCCUGCCUGCUCUUUCGGAAGACUACUACAAUGACAGAUCCUUCAAUGGUGGAUCGUGUGGCCCAGCUAAAAUUCAAACUCCUAGAAAAGAGACUAGAAAAUGAACAGAAGAACCUAGAGAAGAUAGAGGCACCUCUCCCUACAGCAAACAACAGAAGUGAGGAUAUGCUUCAAAGUGCUUUGAAGAGAAGGAAAAAUCUCCUGCAGGAGCUUAGGGAGCAGCACCUUCUGGAAGAGCUGUCCCAGCCUUCUGCACCAGCCAGGGCACAGUAUAGGAACUACAGUGCUGGUCCCCCACACAUCUACCAAAUACCUUUUCCAGCACCUCAAGCUGAAACACCAAGGAUUAUCCAGCAGGCGAUGCCUCCUCAGCCUGCCACUAUCAUCCAGCAGCUCCCACAGCCUCCCCCACUGAUUGCACAGAUCCCCACUGUCCAGCCUUUUGCACAUCCUCGCUCUGGAAGCAUUAAAGAAGAUAUGGUGGAGAUGAUGCUGAUGCAGAAUGCACAGAUGCAUCAAAUCAUCAUGCAGAACAUGAUGCUGAAGUCUCUCCCACCAGUGGCAUUUGCACAGCCUGCCAGACCCGGCUGUCCUCCGCUUCAGCAUACACAGCAGGACCUGCAGAUCUCUGCUCCUGUGGCUGUGAAAGCAGAUCGUCCCUGGCAGUCUACAGUGCAUCACCACCACCACUACUCUCCCCCAGGGCUGCCCCUCCAUGCCGUGCCUGCUGGGCUCCUGAUGCCAGGUGAGGGACUGCCAUCUGCAUCCUCAUCCCAGCGUUGGACCAGUAGCGUGCUCCCAGCUAUGCAGAUGUGGCCCACAUACUGACAGCAUAUGUUCUUCUGAAGGUGGACAAUUGCAUCGCUGAGUUCAACCUGUAUUUGAGCUGUUCCUAAAUAAUCUAACUGACAGUCUGUGCAUCUGCAAAUUAGCCGUACAAUAAAUAUGAAUGCAGAAAGACUAGAGAUCCACAGAACAAAUGUACCACAUGCCAAUGCAGUUGUUUCCUCUCAUCUUCCAAGCCCACAGCAACAGCAGCACCACUCUUUUGCCCUCUUUCCAAAGAACCAGUACAUCUUGUCCCAAAGAGCCUCACAGCAACUCCAGGGCAUGAAAUAAACAUAACACUAGUACUGUCUAAAUUA